AUGAUUAGGGAAAAUCAGUGGAACCACGAGGGAUUCUGCAAUGUAUUACCAGAACUCUAUGCUUACGCUGUGGAUUUCGCAAUACGUCAAAGCCCUGCUAGAUCGUUUGUUGUUCGAGGAGGCCUUGAGAAAUGUGAUGACGGUGUGAAUAAUAUGGAUAGUGUCCUCAGAAAAGCGCAACACCAAAAUUUGAGAGUUAACUUAGACGAACUUUAUGAGUACUAUCAUGAUCUAUUACUGAAAGGGGCUGCGUAUAAAGGUACCUACCAUUUCUGGCCUGAAGGGAGCAUGGGAUCUUUGGCAACAACCAUUCGUUUCGUCACGCUGAACUGUCGAACAUUGUCGAACAACACGCACGCAAGUCACACCAUAUACUGCAGCGAUACUGAUGAGAAGAAAGUAGAUGGCUGCGCGAUAGCUGUGAGGAACGAUUACAGCAACCUGGUGGAGGAAUUUGGCUCAACGUCUUCUAGAUGCGCCUUCGUAGGACUGCAAGAUCGCAGAGGACGUAAACUUCAAAUCGUGAUCAUUGUUGUAAUCGACGCGAAUGCGAAGAUUGGACUUGAACAACAAUUCGAUGUGCUAGAGAAAUGGUAUUAUCCAGUGGAGCGCACGUUGGAUGAGGAGGAGUCAUCGUCGCUGUCAGCUUACGUGAAGAAGGUCAACUCUUUUGACGCCAGAAAAGCAGUGCAAGCGGACGAUGAGGACUCUCAAACGUUAGCUCGACUACGUUCUGGCGAGGAACAUCCCUCAGUCGGAUAUCCGAAAAUCCAGAGCUGUUUGGGAUUCCACAACACUGCCAGUGGAAAGGCAGUCGGUGAAGCAGCCUUUCCAAUUUUGAGGGAUCACUUCAAGACCUUGCUGAACCGGCACGCGGCAUCAGUUCUCGAAACCGAGCACGUUCGUACACCGAUAUAUGCGGUUAGCGAGGAACCACCGACCGAGUCGGAGGUUCUGAUCUGUAUCCAAAAGAUGAAAAAUGGAAAAUCUGGUGGAGAAGACAAGAUUAACGCAGAAAUGCUGAAAUAUCUUUCUCCGCCUGGGCUUCGUGAAAUGGCAAAGAUCAUACUUCAAUAUGGAUAUACGAAGGGAUACCUGACUCGUGGAGGAAUCUCCUUGUUACGUGUUACAUACAAGGUUUUGGAGCGGAUUAUCCUGGACCGACUCAUUAAACAUCGCGAAGAAACAACGCGCGACGAGCAAGCUGGCUUUUGUCCUGGCCAAUCUAAGAUUGACCAGACGUUCAUCGUUAGGAGAGUGACCGAAAUCUGGCAGCGGUACUCGACGCCAACGCAAUCAGCCUUUCUGGACUUUGAAGCCGCUUUCGACUCUCCUCAUCAAGGCCGUGUUCUGAACGCGCGCCGACAGAGUAUCAGAGAGUUCGUUCGCGUGCUUGAUGACAUGAAUCAACGAACAACUGCUGCAGUGCGAACACCAGCCGGAUAUACAAUACCAUUCGAGGUGGUAGCUGGAGUAAGACAAGGGGCAGUGGCAGGAACCUUCCUGACCAACUUUGCUCUCGACGAUAUCAUGCGAGAAGAAGUCGAUCAGUAUCCUGCCGACAUCGUCUUAGAAUUAUCAGGGUGCCCCUUGACUGAUCUCAAGUACGCCGACGGUGUUUCGCGUUAUGGUCGUAUGUUAUUCGCUGAAAGCACUACAAGACCUCAACAUGUUGUCAACCUCGUAUCGAAGUUGACCGCAACCUAUAGAUUACGUCUACGCCCUGAUAAAUGCAAGUAG